AUGUCCCACGCCAAUAGUUUAAUACAAUCCGCAAUCUCUCCAUUUGAAGUUUCAUCACAGGUUGUAACUGAUAAUAAUGGUUCUUAUCUCAUGAAAAUGUCAUUUGGAACUCCACCAGUGGAGAGGUUCGCAAUUGCUGAUACAGGUAGUGAUCUUAUUUGGAUUCAAUGCAAGCCUUGCGAAAAAUGUUACAAGCAAAAACCUCCUCUAUUUGAUCCUAACAAGUCAUCAACCUAUCGAAACUUAUCAUGCAAAUCUAAAGAAUGUGAUCUGAUAGCUGGUGAAGGUAGAGUAUGUGCACCUGGAACUAAUGAUUGUAAGUACAGCUAUUAUUAUGGGGACGGAUCAUCUACUAAAGGGUUUCUUGCAAGUGAGACAUUUAGAUUGGGUUCUACUAGUGGUAGAUCAGUCGAUUUACCAAAUAAAAUCUUUGGUUGUGGGCACAACGAAGGUGGCUCCUCCUUCAAUGACCGAGAAAGUGGUCUAGUUGGCCUCGGAGGGGGUCCGCUAUCACUGAUUUCGCAACUGAAAUCAUCUAUUGGUGGCAAGUUCUCCUACUGCUUGGUCCCUUUUGAGAAGGAAAAUGUGACAAGCAAAUUGAAUUUUGGUAGUGAAGUUGUCAUUUCCGGUGAUGAUGUUGUGUCUACUCCUUUAGUGAUAAAGGAUCCGGCUACAUUCUAUUAUGUGACCCUUGAAGCAAUUAGUGUUGGAAACAAGAGAUUGGCAUACAUGAAUUCAUCCAAGGCUGUUGCUGAUGAGGGAAACAUUAUCCUCGAUUAUGGUACAACAUUGACAUAUAUCGAAUUUGAUUUCAACCGUAAUCUUGAAUCAGAAGUGAAGAAAUUAAUUCAUGGUGAAACUUUUGUAGAUACUGAAUAUUCUCACUUGUGCUACAAACCUGGUACUGAUGUCAAUGUUUCAGUCAUUGUCCAUUUUUCAGAAGCCGACGUCAAGUUGAAACCCCUGAAUACUUUUUUUCGGAGGUCUGAAGAAGCUGUAUGCUUUGCCAUUGUCCCUUACCCUAGUGUUGUAGUAGAUCAACCUUAG